CGCGGCUAAGAUCAGUAAAUCAUCAAAAGUUGUUUUAAACUUUUCUUUGCUUCGUACCUUUUGCUUUUAUUAUUCAUACAAAAAUUCUGGAUUUAAUUCAUUUUAAAAGCAUAUAUAGUGAAGAAUGAACAUCCUAAGAUUUAUAUGCAUUGCAAUGGAAAUUCGGGUUCCUGAUCCGCAAAGCGCCAGCUAGUGGAGUAAAUGUGCACAUACAGGGAACAAUCAUUUGACAUCCACAUGAGUCAUCCUCGAUUCUCAGGAAACGGCCUGCAUAUACGUUUCGUUUUGUGAGUUCGAGUCCUCGAAAGUAUGGCGAGAGUAUUCACAAUUAUUGGGAUUGCAGCUGGGGCUGCUGGUGCCGUUGCUUUGACCCCGCUGGCACUCGGGAUGGUCGGGUUUACAGCCGCUGGCAUCACAGCAGGCUCUAUGGCAGCUGGUAUGAUGUCCACAGCGGCCAUCGCUAAUGGAGGUGGAGUGGCUGCUGGAAGUGCUGUCGCUCUCCUUCAGUCAGCAGGUGCUGCUGGUUUGUCUGCAGCAGCAACAGCUGGUGUGGCAUCUGUAGGUGGCGCUGCAGGGGGGCUAGUAGGUGGAGCUGUUAAUUUGCUGAAGAGGUUGAAGAAAUGAGAAAUGUUUUCGCUCCUAAAUGCUCACAAAGUCCACAGAAAGUUCAACAUAAUCAUGAAUUUGUAUGAUCUCAUUUGUGCUUAUCUCACCCAAUGACUGGUUUAUGGUAGGGGUGUGGGGACACAAACAAAUUUUCCUUUUGUCUAGUAGUUAAUAGUUAUGUUUUCUUGAAAGAACUUUGGAAGCAUAUCAGUAUUAUGCAGUCAAAAUUAAUUUUGAAAAUGUAUAUUCAAACGGCAACGCAUGCAAAUGUAUAUUCAAAUCGGCAAUGCAAUAUGGAAUGGAAUGUUUUGUUUCCAUUUGCGUUGCCCAUGACGCGCAAUAGUGGGCGAGCGACUCUUGUAAUAUGAUUUAUAUUUAAGAAAAUCUGAAAAAACAAAUGUAAGCAAAUGUUUUUUUUUUUUUUUUUUUUUUUUGCUUGUUUUUCCACUAUAUUGAAUAAUAAUGGGUUCCGGUAGAAUCUGGAUGGCAUGUGGACUUGGAUUGGCAAGCUGAAACUGCAUCUCUGACUUGCAUGUCAGACACAAUGGAGCUUGUGACAUCACUCUGAGGGGUGGGGUUAGAUGUGUGAUUUUAAAAGCGUUGCAUGCAGCUCUCCUUGCCACUGCACCAAGUCUGCACCCAGAUCUAUAGCCUGUUUAUUUCAGAAAUCAUAAUAAAAUGUGGUAAAAUAUGA